UAAACAGUUGUCGCAAUAUUUGCAGCAGUCAGCUGAAUCUCUGAAAAAAUCUUCAACUCAAUCGUGCACAAAUAAUGAUCCCCCACAAUCAGCUCUUCCUCAAAGACUUUCCAAAAAUGUGAUGGAAAAUCAAAGGGCGCAGUAUGGUCAGGAUAGAAUGAAGAACUCUAGCAUGAUUAGUAAAAUGCUCUUUGAAAACCCAUGUGUAAGUCAAGUUUCACUUCCUGACUCAAGGGUAAAUAACCAGUCAAUGAGUCAAAUGUACCAGGGAUCCAGUAGCGUAACAGACAGGACAAGGCGGGGAAGCCAUGUACUUACAGAGCCGAUCAUCCCACCGCAGACCUGGUCCAGCAGCGAUAUGAUGCCAACAGCAUGUUCUCAGUCCUCUUGGAAACAAGGACAGCUAUCCUCCGUGUCCACUGUGCAGAGUAGAACGCUGGGAAAUGUCGACUGUGAACUAUCACAGACAAACAACACGCUUCAAUCCAGUCCUUACUCUGUCGGUCAAGUGACCAGUCAUAGUGGUGCCAGUCAGUAUCAGACCAACACAAGUUCUAGGCAUGGAAUGAAUGAGAACUAUACUAGUGCAGAACCACAAGGUUUCUCAAAACAAGUUGGUUAUAUGGGAUGUCUGAUAAACAAUGGACUUAGUGUAGAUACAGCAACAUCCAAUAAUUUUGGAUCUAGGGUUAAUGUUGGACCUUUCAAUAAAAUGGGUGCACAUGCUCCUAUGCCUUUCCAAAAUAAUAAUUUUGGUUCACAGAGUAUGUUGGGCCCACAGUGUAAUAAUACCACGGCACCACACAGUAUGUUAGGACCUGCAGGGACUUCACAGCAGUACAGGAAUGUCGUAGGACCACACAAUAAUUCAAACUCUCAUGGUACUUCAAUACAGAGCAUGUUGGGUCUGCAUAGUGAUAAUAAUGAAGGUUUAGGUCCUCGUAAUACUUUACAGCAGAGUACACGUAGACCAAGCAAUACUACUGGACUGCAUAAUACUUCGAACCCUCACGGAACUUCAAAGACGAAAUUGAACAGUGCCUCUGGACAGCAACAAUCAUCUUCAGCUGCUCCAUCUAAUCCAGUCACCAACAUUUCUGGAAGUCAUGACAAAUUCUCGCCCAGUGUACAAGAGAGCUUUUGGGUUUCGCUUGGGGACAAGAUACACAAUGAAGCGGAUGCCUAUCAGAUGUUCAUCAUGGGGCAGAUGAUGCAGAGAAAGGCUGUGGAAUGGUUCCGAGACACUCUCCAAGAAACAAGACAUGCCAUGGAAAAAAUGGACAAAGAUCAUAAGGAGGAGAUGCGUAAACGGAAAGAAAGUGAAGAGAAUGUCACUAAAAGAUUCAACAGCUUCAAGACUCUAGUUGAAACUUUCACAAGGAAACAAAACGACAUCAGCUGAACCAGAUCUGUGAGCAUGUUUAGUGAUGUGUUGUGUAUACAGAUUUGACAGUGGCCAUUGACCCAUGUAUACAGAACAAGGAUUUUGACUGAGACGGAUGCCGAUGUAAAAAGAAACAAGGAUUUAGACUGCUUGAGACGGAUGCCGAUGUAAAAAGAAACAAGGAUUUUGAUUGUUUGAGACGGAUGCCGAUGUAAAAAGAAACAAGGAUUUUGACUGUUUGAGACGGAUGCCGAUGUAAAAAGAUACGAGGAUUUUGAUUGUUUGAGACGGAUGCCGAUGUAAAAAGAUACACGGAUUUUGACUGUUUGAGACGGAUGCCGUUGUAAAAAGAAACAAGGAUUUUAUGACUUUGAGAGUGGAUGGUAACAAUCUGACAUUGCGUAGUAUAGUUACCCAGUGCUGUGUGGACACAUUAACAAUAGUGCUGAUACUACCAGGUUUUACAUGGACAGAUCUGAGGACAAAUCUAGACAUUUUGUCAUAACAUUGAUCUGAGGACAUUUACCACAUUAACUGUGGUCAGAUGUAGGAGUAAAUACUGGCUAUUGUGUGGUUACAUUGCUCUAAGGACAUGACCAUACUUUUAGUGGUAAGAAAUGAGGAUGAGCAUUAUAUAUUGUGUUAACAUCAAUUUGAGGAUUUUUACCACCCUUUCUGUGGUCAGAUUGAGGCAAAUUUACAGAUAUUUUGUUGUGUCGUCGAUCGGAAGAAAUUCACCACACUUUCUGUGGUCAAAUGGAGGGUAAAUCUGAAGACAUACCACAUUUUUCUGUUGUCACGUGUGAUUGGAAAUUUAGAUCUGUUUGGUAGCAUUGAUCUGAGGACAAAUUUAUCACAUUUUCUGUGACCAGAUUUAACAGAUACAGAUAUUUUGUUGCAUUGUUGAUCUGAGGUGAGAUGGAGGGCAAAUCUGAGGACUUUUACCACAUUUUCUGUUGUCACAUUAUAUUGCAUAUACCACUUUUUCUGUGACCAGCUAGAUUUAACAGCAAAUUUAGAUAUUUUGUUGUUAUGAUGAUAUGUAUAAACAUUUCGGUACCACAUUUUCUGUAGACUGAUGUGUUGGUUAACAUCGACAGCUGAGGUCACUUGUUUACCGGUGUUCUGUGUAGUCUCUUCUUACGAUGAAUAUUUUCCAGGUUUUAUCUGGACCUGUCCAACACGGAAGAACUUCUGAUCUAAGAAUAUACCAGUAGUGCUAGAGAAGUGUCAGUAUGAACUUUACGUAGUAUAGAGGAAUCUCAUGUUUGAUUUUCCUCUCUCAGGGGUUGGCCAUGUGAUGUAAUGCCAUGGAUUUUACUUAAUAGACCAGUUAUACAUGUUGUACUCAAUAAAUUUGUGCCAAAAGAUUUAUCAACACUUUACUUCUGAUAUGUGUAACAAAUGUUAUAAUAAUAUGUUUGUUCUAUACUAACCUUUUCAUGUCCGUUCAGGGAAUCAAAACCCGGCUGGCUACCUGUAAGGCAAGUGUGUUUCCACUGUGCCACCCAACCACCCACCCUGCAAGUUUAAUUGUAUCUUAGGUGUAUCAAGCUGCUAUCAGAUUUUAAAAAGUCUAUACUGGAACUUUUGAUUAUAUGAUUUAAUAGCUUAAUGUUCGUUUAUAAAGGGAAGAAUUUUUUUUUUAAAGUCAUCAAAUCAUUUGCAGUGUAAGCAACAAUGAAAUUUAAAAUACAGAA